GGGGGAUUGGGGGUGGAAAUCUGUACCGUAAGGAUGCUGCUCCGCCGCCGCCGCCGCCCACCUGGGUCCGGCUUGGGGUGGGUGAACCCCCGGCAGAACCGUGCUCCCAGCAAGCCAGGUGUAGGUCCCACCCCCACUAUGGGGGACAUGAAGACCCCAGACUUUGAUGACCUCCUUGCUGCCUUUGACAUUCCUGAUAUUGAUGCUAACGAGGCCAUACAUUCAGGGCCUGAGGAAAGUGAGGGGCCUGGGGCCCAAGGGAAGGCAGACCCCAGUGGUGGGGGAUCUUCUGGGGAAGGACCUGGGGCUGCUGGAGAUGGGCCAACAGUUCCAGGCCAGCCUUCUGACCAUAGCCUUCCCCAUCCAGACAUCUCUGCUGUCAGCGUUAUUGUCAAAAACACUGUAUGCCCUGAACAGCCUGAUUCUGUGGGGGGUGGUCCGGGUGGGGAUGGAGCCCGAACGGGGCCCGGGCCCAAGGAAGGGCCUGUGGGGCCCCGACAACUACAAAAUGGUUUUGGGGGCCCUGAGCCACCCCCCUCAGGAGCUGCCCUCUCCUCCGUUCCUCCCGGAGGAGAGAGUUGGAAAGACAAAGCAGGGGAAGGAAAGCCUUCCUUGGACCUCUUUGCACAUUUUGGGCCUGAGCCCCGGGACCCAGGCCCCUUGCCUCCUUCUGCCCCAUCAUCCCGAGAGGGGGCCUUGACCUCAGCCUCUUUCUCUACCCCUUUUGAAUUGAGCCAGGAAAAUGGUCCUUCUCUGCUGCCACCUGAUUCUUCCCGACCCUCAGGAACCACAGAGCCAGGCAGUGACAGCCCCCUUCCUCCUCCUGGCUCAGGCAGGUCUGGUGUGGCCUCCAGCCCCAAAGAGGUGGGCACCCUUCCUAGCAGUUCCCCACCCGGGUGGGGGGGGGCCCCUUUUUUUAAGUCAUUGCCAGCCUCAGGAAGCCCUGCCAGCUCCCCAGAGCCACUGGGCACCAGUGCACCAAGAGACGAAGAUGAAGAAGGAGAGGGGACUGCUGACAAGUCUGCCCCUGAUACCCCUCAGAGCCCUUCCAGUGGGGCGGAGGCGGCUGACGAGGACAGCAACGAUUCCCCUGCCUCUGCCAGCUCCUCCCGACCUCUCAAAGUUCGUAUCAAAACUAUUAAAACGUCCUGUGGGAGUAUCACGAGAACAGUGACACGUGUCCCCUCAGACCCUGACCCCUCUCCUGCUGCCGUCCCCUCGGCUGAAGGAGCCCUCCCGCCUGAGGCUGGCCUCCCCAAGGUCCCUGAGAGCCCCAAAGUGGUGAGUGUCCAGCUAGGGGAUGGCACGAAGCUCAAGGGCACAGUGCUUCCGGUAGCUACCAUCCAGAACGCCAGCACAGCUAUGCUGAUGGCAGCCAACGUGGCCCGCAAGGCCGUGGUCCUGCCUGCUUCGGCCACCCCCAAGACUGUGGCCAAAAAUAUCCUUGGCUUGUCGCCCCAGACCCUGCCCAAAUCUGAGGGGAGGGUGACACCAGGGAGCGGGGGCCAGAAGGUCAACGGUGCCUCCGUGGUGAUGGUGCAGCCCUCGAGGCCCACGGGGGCUGGGGGCACAGUGAUCUCUCGGACCCAGUCUGGGCUGGUGGAGGCUUUCAACAAGGUCCUCAACAGCAAGAACUUGCUGCCAGCGUAUCGACCCAAUCUGUGCCCGCCGGCAGAGGCUGGGCUGGCUCUGCCUCCUUCUGGGUACCGCUGCCUAGAAUGUGGGGACGCCUUCUCCUUGGAGAAGAGCCUGGCGAGACACUACGAUCGCCGCAGCAUGCGGAUUGAGGUCACGUGCAACCACUGUGCCCGCCGCCUUGUCUUCUUCAACAAGUGCAGCCUGCUCCUGCAUGCUCGCGAGCACAAGGACAGGGGGCUGGUCAUGCAGUGCUCCCAUCUCGUCAUGCGGCCCGUGGCUCUGGACCAGAUGGUUGGACAGCCAGACAUCACACCUCUGGUGCCUGUGGCCGCGCCCCCCGUGGCUCCUCCACCCCCACUUACUCCAGGCAAAGGGGAGGGGGCUGCCGAGUCCCUGGCGUCACCCCCGUCGGCCGAGCUGCCGCCAGCCUCUGCUCCUGCCUUCACUUACACCUGCUUUCGCUGCCUCGAGUGUAAGGAGCAGUGUCGAGACAAGGCCGGGAUGGCCACUCACUUCCAGCAGGCCGGACCCCCUGCUCCCGGGGUUGCCAGCAACGUGUGCUCAACUUGUCCCAUGAUGCUUCCCAAUCGCUGCAGUCUGAAUGCCCACCAGCGCGUGCACAAGAGCCGCCCUCCCCACGUCUGCCCUGAGUGUGGGGGAAACUUCUUACUGGCCAACUUCCAAGCCCACCUUCGGGAAACCUGUCUACACUUCUCCCGUCGUGUUGGAUACAGGUGCCCAAGCUGUUCAGUGGUGUUUGGUGGGGUGAACUCCAUCAAGUCCCAUAUCCAGACAUCACAUUGCGAAGUUUUCCAUAAGUGCCCCAUCUGUCCCAUGGCUUUCAAGUCUGCACCCAGCGCUCACGCACACCUCUACACCCAGCACCCUGGCUUCAGCGCCCAGGAAGCUAAGCUGAUCUACAAGUGCGCCAUGUGUGACACGGUCUUCACCCACAAGCCUCUCCUCUCCUCACACUUUGAACAGCAUCUGCUGCCCCAGCGUGUCAGUGUCUUCAAGUGCCCGUCCUGCCCCUUACUUUUUGCUCAGAAGAGGACCAUGUUGGAACAUCUCAAGAACAGUCAUCAGGCUGGGCGGCUGGGAGAGGAAGCUGGGGGGAAAGGGACUGGGGCUACCCUGCUUACCCCUAAGCCUGAACCUGAGGAAUUGGCUCUGUCUCGGGGUGGGGCAGGCCCUCCCACGGAGGAGUCGUCUUCCUCUUCAGAAGAAGAGGAACCCCCUAGUUCCCCUGAGCCCCCCCGACCAGCUAAGAGGUCCCGACGUGAACCGCGGGGGAACAGGGGCAGCAGGGGACGGGGUGGGGGGCUUGGGGGCUGGACCUGCGGCCUCUGCCACUCCUGGUUUCCUGAACAAGAUGAGUAUGUGGCCCACAUGAAGAAGGAACAUGGCAAGUCAGUGAAAAAGUUUCCAUGCAGACUUUGUGAGCGCUCCUUUUGCUCUGCCCCCAGCCUGAGGCGCCAUGUCAGGGUCAACCAUGAGGGCAUCAAGCGUGUCUAUCCCUGCAGGUACUGCACAGAGGGAAAACGCACUUUCAGUAGCCGGCUGAUCUUGGAGAAGCACAUCCAAGUCCGACACAGGUUGCGGCUGGGCGCCCAGUCCCCGAGUCUGGCGGCUGGGCUUGCACGGGGUGGUCCCCAGGGUUCUGGGCGUAAGCGUCGCCCGUCCUCAGACUCGUGCAGCGAGGAGCCAGACAGCACCACGCCGCCAGCCAAGCCCCUCCGAGCAGGACCUGGGGCCAGCAGCCGGAUGCCCUUGCGCUACCGGACCGUGACUGGGGCUGAACAGGGUCAUACGGGAGGCAUUCGGGGUGACGACGGGGCCUCCCAGUGUCGGGACUGUGGCCUCUGCUUUGCAUCGCCCGGCUCCCUCAGCAGACAUCGAUUCAUCAGCCACAAGAAAAGACGAUGUGGAGGGGUUACUGGUGGGGGAGUUGGGGCUGUGGAGGAGGUGCCUCCCCAGUCAGGGCCUGAGCCUGAAGCAGGUGACUCACCCCUGCCUGCUUCUGGGGGUCCUCUGGCCUGUAAAGUCUGUGGCAAAGGCUUUGACAGCCCACUCAACCUCAAGACACAUUUUCGAACCCAUGGCAUGGCUUUCAUCCGUGCUCGGCAGGGAGGCAAUGGAGACAGCUAGGUCACAGCCCCCUGCAGGAAGCAGAGGGGGCCCUGGAGCUUUUAAGGGGCGCUUUGGAUGGAGCCUGGGGCUGCCCUGCUUGCUGUCUCCUUUAUGCCCAGGCGAGAAGGGAAUCCCAUGCCCCCCCCUUUCAUGAAGGACUCUAGUCAUUCCUAUCUCCCUUGUCCCAUAUUGGGUUUGGCACCUGGGUCCUAGAUAGGACCUUUUCUUUUCCCAUUUCCCAGCCCAACACUAAUCAGCACCCCCUCAGGCCUUUAGUGUGUAGUUGGGGAGUGGGGGUUAGAAACCGGUCUCUGUUUUGGUUUUGGAGGUGUAACUGGUAUACCAAGGCCCGGGGAUGGAUGAUGACACUUACAGAUACUCCCAACCGUUCUUGGUCCUCCCAAUCUUAGGCACCAGGAGAGGUGACCCUCCCCCCUCCUCUGGGCCUGCCCCCCACCUCCCCCAGCUCCAGGCCCAGUUCCUACAGUGCCUUUCACUUCUCUUUUUUCAGAAACUCCACAGGAGGCUGGUGGGGACCAGGGAGGGAAGAAGGGGUAGGUACUCAGGAAUCCUUUAUUCUUGUAGUAAUAAGAAUAAUUAAUAAUAUUAACAAUGAGAGGGGAGGGGAGCACUCAGCCCAUUAAAACUGCUAGUGAUUUAA